AGGAAACCACCAUCAUCAUUGUUGCGAAUACGGGACCCGAAGAAGACAAGACAGAAGCCGCUGAGAGAUGUCGCUGAGUGAGUACCCUUUCCCAGUGAAGGAGAGGGACCCGAGAGAGGGCAGGUACGAUCUGCCAAAGUACGUGGUGAACUCCUACGGAGACUACGUCAUGGAGAUGCUGCUCACCGAGGAGCUGCCGGAGCCUCCGCCGGCAGACACCGCCGCCGCGCGCAUCCGCUUCAUCCUGUCCCUGGCGAUGGCCGUGCUUCUGUGCGGGGUCACGGGUCUCGGCGUAGCCGUCAUCCUCCAAAAUUCUGGAGCGUUCUUCGACCAGACGUCCCGCGACGCUGACGACGCAGAGGCCACCGGAAUCUGGAUUCAUGGCGGGAUGCCGUUCCCCUUCGCGAACGACAGCUGGUGGACCACGAGCGACGACCUCGCCUCGAACGACACGACCAGCAACACUUCUUCAGUGCUGACGGGGACUGAGCAGAUGACGUGGUUAUAGCGCGCAGACAGCCAUAUGCCACACGCCGCUUUCUAGAACAGUGAAGACUUCUUCCCCAACGAUUUCUUCUCUCACGUUCAAGCACCCCUAGUUGCGGCCCAAGUCGAUUGGUUGAUUCACAUUGAUUGCAGUUGUUAUGCUUUGUAUGAUUUCAUCGCUUUUUAUAACCUGAUUUCUGUUAAUG